CCCGGAGCCCAGCGGUCGGCGGCCGGCGGCGGGAGAGCGCGGGCGAGGGGAGCGCGACACUCGCUGGUUGGGGAGAUCGGCGCUCAGCCGAGACCUGAGGCUCAGCAUGUUAAAUGCCUUCGCUACAGCUGAACACCUUGUCUCUGUCGUGCCAACACCGAGAAGUCCCAUUGUCUUGGUGAUGGCAUUCGUGAGGCAGGUGAAGGGCAAGAGAAUGAGCUUUCAUUCAGCAUCUUCUGCGGACCAGGCAGACCGACUGCCUCAUUUGGUCCCCACAAGUCAGAAGCAGCUGAGAGAAGCAUCUCAGUGGCCUGCUCGAGCUUGGGCAUGCGGGCUUGGAGACAGGCUUGGAGAUAGUCGCGUGGGUCCAGCCCCACCUCUGCAACUUGUAACUGUGUUGCUGGUCUGGCAGGCCCCAGGCCUUCUCCGAGCCUGUCUUCACAUCUGAAAAUGAGGUCAGUAAAUGGGUGAGUGUGAGCCUGGGAGAUGGCAGUGAUGGAAAUGGCCUGCCCAGGCGCCCCUGGUUCGGCAGCCGGGCAGCAGAAGGAGCUCGCCAAAGCCAAGGAGAAGACACAGGCAAUGGGGAAGAAGCAAGGCCCCGUCAACAAGCUCGAGGCUGUGGAGAAGAGCCCCGUGUUCUGCGGGAAGUGGGACAUCCUGAACGACGUGAUCACCAAAGGCACCGCCAAGGAAGGCUCCGAGGGAGGACUGGCCGCCAUCUCCAUCAUUGCCCAGGCCGAAUGUGAAAACAGCCAAGAGUUCAGCCCCACCUUUUCAGAGCGGAUCUUCAUUGCUGGGUCCAAACACUACAGCCAGUCCGAGAGCCUUGAUCAGAUCCCCAACAAUGUGGCCCACGCAACAGAGGGCAAAAUGGCCCGUGUGUGUUGGAAAGGGAAGCGCCGCAGCAAAGCCCAGAAGAAGCGUAAGAAGAAGAGCUCGAAGUCCCUGGCGCAGGCCGGAGUGGCCUUGGCCAAACCCCUCCCCAGGACCCCAGAGCAGGAGACCUGCACAGUCCCCGUGCAGGAGGAUGAAUCUCCACUAGGCCCCGCGUAUGUUAGAAAUGCCCUCCAGUUCACCAAGCCUCCAAAGGAGCCAGGCCUUGGCCGACUGUGUUUCAAGAAACUCGAGGAGGACCUGCGGCCGGCCCUGCCUCGCUCGGAACUCCACAAACUGAUCAGCCCCUUGCAAUGUCUAAAUCAUGUGUGGAAACUCCACCACCCGCAGGCCCUCGGCCCCCUGCCCCAGCCCGUGCACCCCUUCCCUUACAGCAGGCUGCCCCAUCCCUUCCCAUUCCAUCCUCUCCAGCCCUGGAAACCUCACCCUUUAGAGUCCUUCUUCCUAGACAAACUGACUGGCAUAGAGAGCCAGCAGCCCCUGGCUGGCCCUUACCUGAGCAAACUGGCCUGCGUGGACAGUCAGAAGCCGGUGCCUGGCCCCCACCUGGAGCCCGGCUGCCCAUCCCGUGGCCCACGGGAUAAGUUUUCUGUGGAGGAGUACCUGGUACACGCCCUGCAGGGCAGCGUGAGCUCCGGCCAGGCCCACAGCCUGGCCAGCCUGGCCAAGACCUGGUCGGCAGGGGGUUCGAAGCCCCGAAAGCCCAGCCCCGAGACUGAGGACAGCGAGGGGGUCCUGCUUACGGAGAAACUCAAGCCGGUGGAUUAUGAGUACCGAGAGGAGGUCCACUGGGCCACGCACCAGCCCUGUCUGGGCAGAGGCUCCUUCGGGGAGGUGCACAGGAUGGAGGACAAGCAGACUGGCUUCCAGUGUGCCGUCAAAAAGGUGCGCAUUGAAGUGUUUCGGGCAGAAGAGUUGAUGGCAUGUGCGGGACUGACCUCACCCAGGAUCGUCCCUUUGUAUGGAGCUGUGAAGGAGGGUCCUUGGGUCAACAUCUUCAUGGAACUGCUGGAAGGUGGCUCGCUAGGCCAGCUCAUAAAGCAGAAGGGCUGUCUGCCAGAGGACCGGGCCCUUUACUACCUAGGCCAGGCUCUGGAAGGACUGGAAUACCUCCACACCCGAAGGAUUCUGCACGGAGAUAUCAAAGCUGACAAUGUGCUCCUGUCCAGCGAUGGGAGCCGUGCAGCCCUCUGUGACUUCGGCCAUGCUGUGUGCCUUCAACCCGAUGGCCUGGGCAAGUCAUUGGUCACGGGGGACUACAUCCCCGGCACAGAGACCCACAUGGCCCCAGAGGUGGUGAUGGGCAAGCCCUGUGAUGCCAAGGUGGACAUCUGGAGCAGCUGUUGCAUGAUGCUCCACAUGCUCAACGGCUGCCACCCUUGGACCCAGUACUUCAGGGGGCCACUCUGCCUCAAGAUCGCCAGCGAGCCUCCACCUGUGAGGGAGAUCCCACCCUCCUGUGCCCCGCUCACCGCCCAGGCCAUCCAGGAGGGGCUGAGGAAAGAGCCCGGCCGCCGUGCGUCUGCGGUGGAGCUGGGGGGAAAGGUCAGCCUGGCUCUGCAGCACGUGGGCGGUCUGCGGAGCCCCUGGAGGGGAGAGUACAAAGAGCCGAGACAGCCGCCGCCACACCCAGCCCAGGCACCGGCCAGCCAGGGCCACUCUCACCGGACCCUGCCUGUCCAGCCGAGGGAGCUCUCUCCUGGGGCCCCGGGGCCCCAGCCAGCUGUGGACACGACAGGCGGGGCCCCUCAGCUCCAACCUCCACUACCCCCAGAGCCCCCAGAGCGGAACAAAUCUCCGAGCCUGAACUGGGGCAAGGAGGAGUGUGGGCCAUGGGAGCCAUUGCCUCUGUCCUCCCUGGACGCGACCCCUGCCAAGCAUCCCGGCUCGGCCGAGCGGAAGGCGACCGUCCCUGAGCAGGAGCUGCAGCAGCUGGAAAUAGAACUGUUUCUGAACAGCCUGUCCCAGCCCUUCUCGCUGGAGGAGCAGGAGCAGAUUCUCUCGUGCCUCAGCAUCGACAGCCUCUCUCUGUCGGACGACAGUGAGAAGAACCCGUCAAAGGCCUCUCAGAGCUCACGGGACACCCUGAGUUCCGGCGUGCAUUCGUGGGGCAGCCAGGCAGAGGCUCACAGCUCCAGCUGGAACAUGGUGCUGGCCCGGGGGCGGCCCACCGACACGCCGAGCUAUUUCAAUGGUGUGAAAAUCCAGAUACAGUCUCUCAAUGGCGAACACCUGCACAUCCGGGAGUUUCACCGGGUCAAGGUGGGGGACAUCGCAACUGGCAUCAGCAGCCAGAUCCCGGCCGCAGCCUUCAGCUUGGUGACCAAGGAUGGGCAGCCCGUGCGCUAUGACAUGGAGGUGCCGGACUCGGGCAUCGACCUGCAGUGCACCCUGGCCCCUGACGGCAGCUUUGCCUGGAGCUGGCGGGUCAAGCAUGGCCAGCUGGAGAACAGGCCCUGAGCCAGCCUUCCACCUCUGACUCCACUCUGCCAGAGGCGGCCUGCCUUCUUGGUGCUCGGUGCCGCCCCUGGCACCCAGGCUCAGCCUGCUCCCAGGGGUCUGCCACCCCCUGGCUCAGCGAUGCGACUAGGGGCAGGCAGAAUGCCUCCCAGGACGUCCCGUGUCCCGCCUGACCCCGCCGGGAGAGCACCCUGUGCCCACAUGAGGAGGAGGAGGAGGAGGCAGGCAGGAGGCCUCUUCCCGUCCAUGGGGAACGAACGAAAAGGGUCUUCUCUGCCCUGGUCCCCGUGAGCUGGCCUGACCUGUUUGCAUCAGUGGCCCCUUGCUGGCCGGCGGGAGCGUAGCUUCUGGCCUGGGUCAGGGAGGGGUGGGCGAGUCCCUCGGCCUCUGAGCAGGUGGAAGGGUGUCGAGUGUCUGAGGACCCACACCCAGGUCCAGUACAGGAGCAGGGCAGCAGCUGUACCCACCCUCGGGUGAACGGGGCACCCUCUGACCCCCUUGCGUGGCCACUGAAGCCCCUUUUCGAUCUAGGAACUUUCUUGACAGAGUCAGGGAGGGAGCCACGCCUGACGCUGGGAAGUCUCCCUGGGAGACCAGGGCACACCGUCAGGGCGUAGCAACACGGGUCCGGAGCUGGACUCAGCUUCCGCCAAGGACCACAGGUGUCUAAGUGAAAUGGUUCUCAGUCCCCAAGCACGUGUCCCUUUGCUGCUGGCCACCAGUCUUCCCCAGAGCAGCAGGCCCCGAGCCGCGGCUGCAGACCCAGAACGGCCCAUGACUCACUGGCCAUCAGCCCUCUCGUCUGUGGAAGGGAAGGGUGGCGGGAGCUGGCCCAACCCGAGCAGUUUGCGGAUGGGCUGUGAUCCGUGUGCAAAAAAGCAGCAGGUGCAGGCGCUCCUGUCUCCCCCGGCCACGGCUUUAGACAUCAGGCGCACCAGCUUCCUGAGACACAGCCCAGGCCUCACACUCACACUGGCCCUGCCCAGCCCCUCGCCUCAGGGGGCACUGCCAACCGCACUUUGCACUCUGAUGACCUCAAAGCACUUUCAUGGCUGCCCUCCAGGAGGGCAGGUCAGUGGCUCUGCAUGCGCAUAAGCAGGCCAGGAGAUGGGGUGUGAAGGCAUUCAAGUCUUGACCUGUCUCCACGCGCAUGACCCCUCAAACCUCCGCAUUUCUUUAAGAUGAGCCCCCCCCACAACCAUACCCCAUUGCCCCUUCUUCUUCAAUGGGGGGGCUGAUCAGGGCCCAUGUAGCAUUAAUCAACUGUGAAUCCUUGUGUGGGGGCCUGCUAGCCUCCUCUCCUGGAGGUGAGGGGUGUCCCCCUGAGAGUCCUCCUCGGGAGAAGCUCAUCCCGGUGUCUUGCCAAGGUGGCCUCUGUCCAGCUAUCCACAUCGAGCCAUUCUGCUCCCCAGGGAGAGACCCCCCCCCCGGCCCCCAGCACGUGAAGAGCUGCAGCCUUGUACUGCAGAGUUCGGGUGGUACUCUUUGUAAGCAAUAAAGUGUGGGGUGAUGACAAA